AUGCCGCUUCAAGUUCGCUGGCCGACUUCUAGCUCCUCUCGUGGCUCCACUGGACGACAACACUCCAAAUCGGCUCCCCCGAGCUCGGUCCCAUCGACAGCCCAGACCCCCGACUUGCCAAUCUUGAUCCCGAGGGACGAACCUCCCCCUCAUGGACCUUUGAGCGCGUCCUCCGCGUCUCCUCGGCGUAGGCCGGCCCUCUCUUCGCCGCUUAUAAAGUGAGUGUUGUGGCGCUAUCGGAUGCCUGUGCUCGAUUAAGUACUUGCCAGCUUACAAACAUUGUUUGUCCUGCGAUCGCGUCUCGGCCAUGUCAAGUUUCAAGAAACCUGACAACCUCUUUCUAAUACAUUCGAACAUCAUGCUACCAUUACCGACUCGUGACGCUAAGAUGGAGACCAAGAGACGCUUCAUGAAAUUCCAGCCCAAUUGCUACCAGCCGAUGCUGCCACCAUACGUGCUCACUAAGAACGAGAAACAGGAAGGCCGUUACAAGCUCGAUGUCGACUUCAUGCUGGCUUGGGCUUGCAAGCAUACAGACCCCUGCCACUGCAUCGUCAAAGGAUCAGACCUGCAUGAAGCUGUGGAAAUGCAGCGCGAUUCGCCCGAGGGAAUGGAAAUCCUGCUAGACGCUUCUGAUGAAGCAACAUUGCGAGAUCAGGAAGGAAGGGCCAGCAUAGUGCCUUCCGCCGAUCAGUCGUCACACAGCGCACUCGGCCUCGUACUCGAUUCGUAUCUCUCUGGUCCCGAUGAGCAAACGGCUCCCACGACUUCACCGACGUCGCCCAGUGCAGCUUCGAUCCUUCAAAGCUACUUUGCGACUCCCCGGACGCACUGGGAUGAGCCUACCGCCACACUCGGCAUCACUGGUGUGGUCCCGCAACAAGCCGGUGUUCUGGAAGAUCACGACAUCAGCUUUACACCAUCAGCAGAGCCAUCCGAGCUGACAUCGCCGUCAACGGCUUCAUCCUACAUUAUAUCGCCCGAGGUCCUCGCUAGCAUGCCCCUGCCUAGGUCCGAGACGACAUCACCUCGUUCCACAAAGAUGCGCCGUCACUUUUGCGUCGCCCUCAAUCGUUACACCGAACUCUGCGGAGCCGAUUGUCUUUUGAGUCCCGCUUGUCGAUCUCCAUCACGCAUGAAUCUAGAAGCCGACCGCGCACAGGCUCGGGUCGAACGCGUGCGCGAGCAGAGCAAUGAAAGUAGACCCGCUCUCACCCCGCAUCCAGCGCCAAAUCCAGAGCCCACGGACAGCAGCACGACGGACACAUCGAGUGAAGGUAAAUUCAUACCUUGUGUCCCUCAGUAG